CCCCCAUCCCCCGCACGCCUGGCGCGGCUCCCUGCCAGCGCAACCAACGGGGCGAGUCUCCUGCCCCCCCUCUCCGCUUUCGGCCCCGCGGUCCUCCGCCCGAGGGGCGAGGUUCUGGAAGCAAGAACUUGAGGGCAAAAAUCUGGCUUCCCUUUAAAUUAAAAAAAGAAAGAAAGAAAGAAAGAAAAGACCAAAAAUUUCCUGGACCGGAGAGGUUGCGGGCGCGGCACAGAGUUUGGAGACUGGCGCCCCCUCCUCGCCCGCGUCCAGGAGCAAAGUUGCAGCCGCCCCUCUCGCCCCUCCCCGCCCGGGCGAGCCGAGCCCAGCUCUCCAGUUUCGUCCUGGUGGCGGCCGCGCUCAGGGCAGGGUCCCAGCUCUGGCUGGGUUGAACGGUUCCCGCAGCCUUGGCACAGGCUCGCCCGCCCGCUCGCUGGCCCCGUGACUCCGGAGGACGAGCCGCUUCCAGGAGGCGGCAGCGGUGGGGCUGGAGUGAUCGAGCAGCCGGAGGACAAGCGGGCAGCGGCCGAGUCAGGUAUUUGAUCCUGAUGACCUUUAUUCAGGAGUCAAUUUCUCCAAGGUUCUGAGCACUCUUUUAGCUGUCAACAAAGCAACAGAAGAUCAGCUAUCAGAAAGACCAUGUGGACGUUCCGCUUCUCUUAGUGCUGCUAAUAGUUCUCAGACAAACCCACAGGGAGCAGUUUCUAGCACAGCUCCCGGGCUGCACAGGCAGUCAAAGGCAGUGGAGAUGACGGAAAAUGGAAGUCACCAGUUGAUAGUAAAGGCAAGAUUCAACUUUAAGCAGACUAAUGAAGAUGAACUGUCAGUCUGUAAAGGGGACAUCAUUUAUGUCACUAGAGUUGAAGAAGGAGGCUGGUGGGAAGGCACAUUAAAUGGGAGAACAGGCUGGUUCCCUAGUAAUUAUGUCCGAGAAAUUAAAUCCAGUGAGAGACCUCUCUCCCCCAAGGCUGUCAAAGGAUUUGAAACUACUCCACUUACCAAGAAUUAUUAUUCCGUGGUAUUACAGAACAUCCUGGACACUGAAAAAGAUUAUGCUAAAGAACUUCAGUCUCUUCUUGUUACUUAUUUAAGACCCCUGCAGUCUAACAACAAUCUGAGUACUGUGGAAUUUACAUCUUUAUUGGGAAACUUCGAGGAAAUAUGCACAUUUCAACAGACACUCUGCCAAGCCUUGGAAGAAUGUUCAAAGUUUCCAGAAAACCAACACAAAGUAGGAGGUUGUUUACUGAACCUAAUGCCUCAUUUUAAAUCCAUGUAUCUGGCUUACUGUGCAAAUCAUCCUUCAGCUGUAAAUGUACUCACCCAACACAGUGAUGAUCUGGAGCAGUUUAUGGAAAGUCAAGGUGCAUCCAGCCCAGGUAUCCUCAUUUUAACAACCAGCCUCAGCAAACCAUUCAUGAGACUGGAGAAGUAUGUUACUCUCUUGCAAGAGUUGGAAAGGCAUAUGGAGGAUACACAUCCAGAUCAUCAGGAUAUUCUGAAAGCAAUCGUGGCAUUCAAAACUCUCAUGGUGCAGUGCCAAGAUCUAAGAAAGAGAAAACAGCUGGAGUUGCAGAUACUUUCUGAACCUAUUCAGGCAUGGGAAGGGGAGGAUAUUAAAACCUUGGGAAAUGUGAUUUUUAUGUCACAAGUAAUGGUGCAGUAUGGAACAUGUGAGGAAAAAGAGGAGCGGUACUUCAUGUUAUUUUCAACUGUCUUGAUAAUGUUAUCUGCCAGUCCUCGGAUGAGUGGCUUUAUCUAUCAGGGAAAAAUACCAAUAGCAGGAAUGGUGGUGGCUAGAUUAGAUGAAAUUGAAGGGAAUGACCACACAUUUGAAAUCACAGGUAACAUAAUAGAGAGAAUUGUGGUCCACUGUAACAACAACCAGGACUUCCAAGAAUGGCUGGAGCACCUGUACAGACUAAUCAGAGGACCUGCCUCCUGCAGUUCCUUAUCCAAGACAUCUUCGUCAUCUUGUAGUGCUCAUUCUACAUUUUCCCAGUCUUUUAGCUCUACUGGACAGCCCCGAGGACCCUUGGAGCCUCCUCAAAUUAUAAAACCAUGGAGUUUAAGUUGUCUACGACCUGCACCUCCACUUAGACCAUCAGCAGCACUAGGUUAUAAAGAGAGGAUGUCUUAUAUCUUAAAGGAGUCUAGUAAAAGCCCCAAAACAAUGAAGAAGUUUCUUCAUAAAAGAAAGACUGAAAGGAAGCCAUCAGAAGAGGAAUAUGUGAUUCGGAAAAGUACAGCUGCUCUGGAAGAGGACGCUCAGAUUCUUAAAGUGAUUGAAGCCUACUGUACCAGUGCAAACUUUCAACAAGGCCAUGGCUCAAGUACUCGCAAAGAUUCAGUUCCACAGGUCUUACUCCCUGAAGAAGAGAAACUCAUCAUCGAAGAAACCAGAAGCAAUGGCCAGACCAUCAUCGAAGAAAAGAGCCUCGUUGACACUGUUUAUGCCUUGAAAGAUGAGGUCAAAGAACUGAAACAGGAGAAUAAAAGAAUGAAGCAAUGCCUGGAAGAAGAAUUGAAAUCAAGAAAGGACCUAGAAAAGCUGGUCCGGAGGCUGUUGAAGCAAACCGAUGAGUGUAUUCGGGCUGAGUCUAGUAGCAAGACCUCCAUUCUUCCAUAACCAUCACUGUGCAGCUGGGCAGAGUGUGUGCUUCAGCAGAUCUCGAAAUGUCCAGCUGAAUGAUUUGGCUCAGCUCACUCGCUUCUUUGGUUUUUAUUUUGUAUUUGAGUCAGCCCCCUUCCCCUCUGUUUGCUUGAGUGUUUAUUGUCUGCUUAUUGGUUGGUUGGUUGUGUUGUUUUUCAACAGGUAAAAGCAAGAGGUGGAGGUAGAAGUCUCCCCAUCAUCUUUCCAUUCAAUGACAAAAGGAAAGCUAAUGUAGACAAAUGAAUUAAGUGGUCUUCAGAUGGCCUUCAAUUCAUUGUACCUCUUUAACAACCAUUACCCUUUUAGGGCUGGCUACUAUCCCAAAGCAGCUGGCCUUGGCUUAUUAAAGGUGAACUUGACUUUUCCCCCAAAUGCUUUCCUGUACCUGGAAGCCCCUCAGUAUCUAAUUUACUGAAGGCAAAGCUUUUUGAGCUUUAAUUAGAGUAGGGUGAAAGAUGAACACGUUUGCCCAAUGAUCCAGCUGCCCGACCCUGGACCAUCAUAUGCCACUCCUCAAUGCACACUUUUUUUAAAAAAAAAUUGUUAUUACUGCCCUAUGUUGUCUGUAAGACUAAGAAGACAGUAGUGCCCUCAUUUCUUUUUUGUUGGUUUACAUUUUAACUCUGUGGGUCAGAAGCUCUGAUCAUCCAUGCCAACACCAGAUCCAUUAGCAAAUUGCUUUAGACAGUCCUCCUUUCAGCAGCAGAGUUGAUUGUCUCUUCCCUAGUAUGUGAUAAGUUUUUCCCCUAGCCUUGUGCCUCGUGUGUAAGUUUUAUAUUUCCUCAGUGCUUUUAGCCAACCAUACCUAGUGGUGUGUAAACUAGUAUGUGUGUACCUCGCUUACUUUUUAAAAAUAUAGACUGUGAGCAGUUACUUUAUUAACAUUGCAUAUUCAAAUGGUGACUUCUCAUCUUUAAAACAAUCUGCCAUUGAGGAGAUCUUAUGCCCUAGUCGACAGCUUUAACUCACUUUAUUGCUCUCCCAUAUAUGCCGUGAGAAGCCUGUAUUAUUCAUCAGCCUUUUAGAGUAGGACUGUAAUCAUUAUUUGCAGAAAUGCUGCUGGUUCAGAUUGUAUAUCUGGAAAGAAAGGGCUGCUCUAUAGCUGUGUGCUGAUUACUAGCGCAGCUGAUUAUUUGGAACUGGUUUACUCAAGUUGCUCAUCAAAUCAAACCAUCACCUUUAUCAGUAUCUCACAAAUUAGAACUGUGAUAAAUCAGGUUUAGUAGAUAGCCACAAGGGCAGCACACAUCCAAAUUCUGCACAAUCAAAAGUCAGCCUGAGGCUCUCUCUCCCAAAGAGGUGAAGUUUGGCAGAGUGGGGAAGACGAACUGGAAAGCGAGGCAAAGGGCCAAUGGACUGAUCAAAGUUGUCUUCCAGAUACAUUUAAUGAGUGCCCAUAAAUGUGGGUUUUGUAAAUGUUGUUUAGAAACCAAACUUGAAGCUUAAAAACCCCAGAAUACUAAGCCCUUUUUCUUUCUAGUACUGGGGUCUCAAGUUCCCAUAGCUACAUGGUACAGGGCUGUUGACUGCUUGCUGCACAGCAGAAAUGAUACCAUCCAUAGGAAAUGGACUGUUCCUGCAGUCCAACGUCAGCCAACCACAUAUAGCUGUCUUUGGAAGUUGAAGACUGAAGAAGAUUUCUAGGAAUUGGCUGUUGUUCCAUUUUUAAGCACAGCAGUUUAGACAUACCAUCCUUCACCUAAAAAUUAAAACAACACAGAUCUUAGCAUCUGCCCUCUCUGUGACUAGUCAAUGGCUUGCAAUAAAUGUGCAAACUAUAUCCGUAGGAAACAUGUUUGUGAUUACAAAAUAUUUUAGUUGAUGAGGUAUAGUUUAAAAUAUUGAAAGGCCUUUAUUUUAAAGUGACAUGUACAUAUGCAUGUUUUGGAGACUUAGCUCUUCUGAUGAGAGGCCCUCGGUACUCUAAGUAAUGAAGCUUGUGCAGAGUGGUGUCCGCACUCACACACUAAACAAUAAUAUAAAGGAAAUGAAGCCAUGUUAACCUGAGAGCAGUGUCUCCAUAGUUGUGUUGUUUACAAUACUCUAUAAAUGGGUUCCUGUUACCCUGUAAUUAAACUGUUGCCCUUAGAGGCCUUUCAGCUCCUCUUCUGUCGUGUCCCUUCUUACACAAGCUCAAAUUUUCUAACUUGUUUUUAUUUUGAAGACUUUUAAAAUUGACAUUUUCAAUAAAUAAGAAUAACAAUGCUUUAUAAAAUAAGUCCUGU